AUGCAAAGCUGCCAAAUUUUGGAGUUGGCUUUCAUCCUUUGCCUCACAGCCACCCCAGUGUAUUCCCAAUACUAUUCCAAGACUCUUCCAUACAAAUCAGCUAAGAACAAGGUGACCAAUCUCCACUUCUUCUUCCAUGACACACUCAGUGGCGAAAACCCUAGCGCUAUUCUGAUAGCAAGUCCUAACAUAACCAACAAAUUUCAAUUUGGCAAAGCAUACGCCAUUGACGAUCCUCUAACACUCGGUCCUGAACCAACAUCUCAUGUCAUUGGCAAUGCACAAGGGUUUUACUUGUUUUCUGGUAAAGAGUCAUCGUCGCUUGUGUCGUAUUAUGAUUUGGGUUUCACAGAAGGCGAGUUCAAUGGAAGCUCUUUCAGUUUGUUUUCAAGAAAUCCAGUGGAAGAUACUGAACGUGAGCUUGCAGUUGUUGGGGGGAGAGGGAAGUUUAGAUCGGCGGAAGGAUUUGCUCUGCUGAAGACUUAUUAUUUUAAUCUGACUACAGGUGAUGCUGUUGUUGAGUAUGAUGUGACUCUCAUUCAUUACUGA